AUCUCCCACUCAACAAACCAACCAACCGGUAGUACUCCACAACACCACAGGAAAAGAAAAUGGGUAGGCAAAUUGUUUGGCUUCUGUUCUUUUUCCUAUACGUUGCCGGCACAGCCAAAUCGGCAGCAACUACUAGCGGCGGUGCCACCAAUUUCAUCAAGGUUUCUUGCAGCACCACCAGCUUUCCUGCCCUUUGUGUCCAAUCUCUCUCAGCCUACGCCACGGAGAUCAAGCAAAGCCCACGCCAGUUGGCGCAGGCCGCCUUGUCCGUGAGCCUCGCCAGGGCUCAGUCCACCAACACAUUUGUCUCGAAAAUGAACAAGUUAAAGGGAUUGAAGGCUAGGGAGUACGCGGCUAUUAAAGAUUGCUUGGAUGAGAUGGCUGACACUGUGGACCGCCUUAGCCGGUCCUUUCAGGAGCUCAAGCGCAUGGGUCAAGCCAAGGGUCAGGACUUUGUGUGGCACAUGAGCAACGUGCAGACUUGGGUCAGUGCCGCGCUGACCGAUGAGAACACUUGCGUCGAUGGGUUCGCCGGCCGGGCGUUAGAGGGCAAAGUCAAGGCUUCCAUCAAGGCACGGGUUGUUAACGUUGCCCAGGUCACCAGUAAUGCGCUAGCCCUAGCUAAUCACUAUGCCUCAAGCUCAAAGCAGUAAAUGCUCUGUAUCUAUAUGUUCCUGCCGCUGCCCACUGUCUGUCAGCCAUAGUUUUAUUUUUUUUUUUUUUUUUUUUUUUUUUUGUUGUUUUUUGUGAGUGUCUGUCUGCCAUAAUUUUGUACUUUUAACCUUUUGUUAUAUAUAUAUAUAUAUAUAGAUGGAAAUCA